UACCGAUUCUGUUCUGAUGCGUCACGACACGAUACAUCAUACAAAUAUAAAUCCGACUUUAAGCCUGGUGAAGUUAUCAGGGCGCCCUUCAAAUGAGGACAACUCCAAGUAAACCAGGACGGGUGGCAGCCCUAGAUAAGGGGAGCGAUACACGCGCAUAGAUGGACUGGCUGGGUCGCCCCGCCGGUCAUUUCGCUACGCCAUGCGGACUGCUGUAGUGUGACAUUUUGUGUCAUAACAACACUUGUGUUUGUUUGUUGUGUUAUGUUGUGCACUAUUUGUGUUUUUAUUUAAAACUCCGCUCACAUAAAUGUGUUACUUUGUUUUUAAUUACAAAACGAUUGGAUAUUUUUACUGUUGGAAGUGAAUGCGGUGGAGAUGAGACGUAGUGAGCUCGGGCUGCGCGCGCGGCUCCGGGACCAGCUCUACACGUACUGCGCCUUCUGCAUAGCUGUGUCGGCGCUGCCUGCCCUGGCCGUGUCUUACGUUGUGGUACGAAUCAGCAAACAUUUGUGGCUAAAGCUGUUAUCAAGCAGAUAUCCCAGUCUAGAGUUCAUCAGAACAGACACAGUUCGAUCUCUGCUAGACACACACAGAAACCAAGGCAUUAUCAAUGUGCUACUAUGUGUUAAAGGUGCGUUAGACAUCGAGGAGAUAAGAAAUGCGCUGACACAACAUGUAGUUGAUCGUCGAGAUGAAAGAGGACAGUUAACGUUUCCAAGAUUACGACAUUUGCUGGUGUCGAGUUGGGGAAACUAUGCGUGGGACGCCAAUAUACAAUUCAGACUCGAGAACCAUUUCAUCAUGGCCAACGGUGUUUACAGAGGUCGCCCUGUGUCUGAUAGUAAUAUACAGGACUAUGUCAGCGAAAUUAUAUCUAAAUAUUUCCCAAGCGACCAACCGCCAUGGCAGUAUAUAAUCAUACCAUGCGUCUCCAUUGAACCAAAGUAUUACAUUUUAGUUCGAGUCCACCACUUGCUUUUGACCGGUAAGAAGUCACUAAACAUCGGCGACUUCUUACUGAUACGUGACACGAAACCGAAUCGGAUAUACGAACAAACUGAACAUAUCCAGGAAAGCCCGUUGGCAAAGCUAUUUCCAAAUCCGUCAGCGAUACUGGAACUUUGGGACAAAAUGAACGAAAACUUAUCCAACAUUUGGAACGAGUUCAUAUUUGAAUAUGAUCCCACCGAAAGCACACAUUCAAUGAAGAGUUUGCCCGGGAUCUUCCACGUGGCAGGGAUUGUGUUGAUAUCAGCUGCCAACGCCAUGAGAGACGUCACUAAAAAACGAUCAGAAACGGAUUCUCAGAUAGUGAAAACGGCGAGCGUGUUUUUGGCUGCCAUUCAACGUGAAUGUAAAAGGAGAAAAUUAUCAGUUCCAAAGGUAUUAAUAUCACCCCUCGUAACAUUCGAUCCACGAAAGUGGCCAAGAAAAAUAUUUGAGGCAACAUACUCAACCGCCCGAAUGUUCAUCAAUUUACCGACAUGUAUAUGGGACGAGGUGAUAGCGCUCAAUGAACUACGAACGACCGGACAAGUGAGACACGUCAACACCCUGACGUGGAAAUACGGAGACAUUGGGCAGCUGUGGGUGAAGGCGACUGUAGAAGCAUUGCGAGGUCUGAUUGAAAUAUAUCGAGCACCUGCGAAUUUUUGGACGGACACCAUACAUGCAGAUGGUGGGAAGAGACACAUAUUGCAAACAGUAUCUUUGUCGGGGAGAAAGGUAGCAUCAUGGUCGCGGCCAGUGUCUCGAGCCAGUAUAGAACGUGCGGCGCGAGCUUUAGGGGUGUCAUCCACGGAUCUGGCGCUGUUCGCCGCCACCGAGUCUCUGCGACUGUUUUUCCAACACGCAGAGAGCGACACCCCUGAUUCCAUACUCAUCACAGCCAGAGCCGCCUCAGAGAGAUUCCUCUACACAUUCGCAGAGGGCAAUGGGAAAGACUAUAAGAAGUCACAAACAGGAGGGAUGGUCUGCCUAUCUCUUCCCGUAGGCGCUACCCCUCGGCGUAUAGCAGCAGUGGUAGAAGAUGCGUGCAAGCGACAAGGGCUGUUAGCAGCCGGCUGGGCGGCGCAGGCACGCUGCGGAGCUCUAACCAGAUCAGUUCCCUCGCCUCUAGCUAGACUGACGAUGAAUGUCUUGUCUCGGAAGUUCGCAGUUUCCUACGCAGAAAUAAACGCUCCCUUGGACACUACGGAGAGGAUGACUUUGUGGAAUAAGACUAUAGAUUACGUGGUUUAUUGGCGACCACCGCAAGCCAAUAUAAGUAUGUCACUGACAGUGAUCCAGUACGCAGACACCGUACGCCUAAGCGUAAUGGCCGACGCGCGUCUGACGCCCAUGCACACAGUCCCAGCCACGCGUUGGGCUGAUGUCAUUGACAACCUCGUCAACAAAAUCGACCAGGAAUUAGCUCGCAUUGCAGCACAAUCGCAGUCUCCCCUCCAACAAAUACCACGAAUCACUCAAACUGACAUAUCUACAGAGGAAGUUGAGGAAACCAGCCAAGAAAGCAUAAUGGAAGUCAGCACGCAACAGAGCUCUCUGAAACCGCCAAGCCCGGUUGCGUAUAGUCCGCCGCCUGAACGGAAGCAUGUUAUGGAAAAGUGAACUUUAUGUUUUAUUAGUGACUGACAAUGAUCGUAUAAAUAUAAUAUCCGCUCUACAUUCACGUGUGAAACAAGACUGUGGUUCAGUGUCAAGUUUUCUUUACGGCAUCGCGCCAGUUUGCGAUGUGUUCCCCAAUUUUUGUCGAGUUUUGCUCCACAACAAAAGGUUUGUGAUGUGAAACAUGCGCAAAAUUUUACGAGUGCAGAACAUGACAGAAUUUAUCGCGUUUCACACACGGAUGCGCCGUGAAUUCGCAUGCGAAUGUGGAGCGGCUUCAAUAUAUUGCAGGUGUGUGAAAACCCUAUAGAUUCUUACACAAGUUUGUUUCUUGUUUGCGCCAAUUUGGGUUAAUUUAGAUUCUCAAAAUGAUUGGUAUUUUAUUAGUUAGUCAUCCGCAUAAAUCUAUAUUAUAUAUUAUAUUAUCUAUACUAUAAUAUUAAAAAGAGGAAAGAUUUGAUUAUUUGCUUUGUUCGCAUUGAAUUGAGGCUCUGGAACUACUGAACCGAUUUGAAAAAUUCUUUCACUGUAGGGAAACUACACUCAGUGUUAUAGGCUAUAUUUUAUCUCCGUAUUCUUACGGGAUCAGGGCGAUCGAACAGGCCGCUCAAGAUCGUGAUGUUUGCAAAAGUGACUACAAGAGGAUUUCAUAAAAGCUGAAAGUAAGUUAUUAGAGUUUGGUCCGUUUUAUUUUUACAAGUUAGCAGGUUUUAAGAGAGUUGAAUCAAUCAUUCAAGUAUAAAGCACAUUUUGUUUUUAUUUUCCGAGUAAUUUAAGAAACUUCUGUUGAAAUCAAAAUGACGAGGUAAAACUUACAAUACCGAUUUAUAUAGUGACGCAUUAAAAUAGAACAAGAAUAUAAUUUUCUAUGAAGAAUUAGAAAAAUCCGGAGUUAUGAGUUCGUCUAAAAAGCUGUUACCUACAGAGCCUUGGGUACAUUAUUUUUUUUAACCUUAAGGUUCCAACUAUAUUUUUAAAUAAACAAAAAAUUCAAGGAUACGAUUAGACAUAUUUUAAUACAAUAACUUUCAACCAUUCUAUUAUUAUUAUUGGUGUUUUGAAAAUACUUUAGUGCAUUAAAAAUAGGUUCGUUUUCGUUACAUUAGAUUUCCGUUUCUUUGACGCCACUCAAACUGAUUCAGAUGACAGAAGCUAGUCGCAUUAAUUAUUUACCUUAACUCAUUGUUAGUUUUAUUUAUUCAGUUACGCGAUAUCUAGGUCUAUCUCCAUAGUUAAUUCCUCUAUGCUCCGGCCGGACCUUACCUAGCCGGCCGGAGCAUAGAGGAAUUAACUAUGGAGAUGCAUCGCACCCAAAUUUACCAGCAAAAUUAUUGUCUGUCGUUUUUUGAGGAGGACGAGGUAAACUCACACAUUAAAAAUAUUUAACACCAAUAAAUAUAUAUUGUUUCCGUACACUAUACACAACUUUAAAUCUCAUUCGCAAUGCACAUAAGUGUAAUUUUUACACACACUAACAAACACUCGCUUGGCCUCAUUAUACAGAAUAUUCGAUUACUUGAUGUUUUGCUGUUCCAGCUGAAGAAUCGACUAUUUUUAGACAUUGUUUUUAUUAUGAACUUAGUGGACGCCCGCGACUUUGUCAGCGUAGAAUUUAAUUUUUCACAAAUCCCUCGGGAAGUAUGGAUUUUUCCGGGAUAAAAAGUAGCAUAUGUGUUACUCCAGAGUAAAAUCCAUUUCCAUUCAAAUCAGCCGAAUCGCUUCAGAAGUAGCGGCUUUAAAGAGUAACAAACAUACAUCCAUACAAACUUUCGCGUUUAUAAUAUUAGUAGGAUUUGAUAUAAGUAAGUUAGAAAUACAUACUUACAAAUUAUACAUAACUUCAUCUUUUACUAAAGUAGAAGUUGUUAACCUUUUUUUAUGUCAUUGAGCUACACAAACCGGCAUUUUUAAGAGCUCUUUACACGACGAUAACUAUUAUAACAAUGAAAAAUCGAUUCUAUUGAAAUAGUUUUUAUAAAUGCCUUAGAUCAUUGAUCUUAUACUUUGACAGAGGGGUAGAGAGGCAGGUCCCCAUAUAAUUCGUCUGAGGGCUGUAGACGAAUGAGUUUCUGACGGUUCGAUAUCCAUAAGAUGUACGUAACUUAGUAUCCAUAAGAUGUACUUUGAAGAAGUAAAAAAGUAACAUUGAAAAAUAUAUUUUUUGAAAACAAGCCUCAUAAAAAUUUGUUUCAUACUAGAGAUUAUAGAAAAUAAGAGAUAAUAAGACUGCGUCAGAAACAUAAAACAAUCUUUCUGCGGCCGCUCUAAAAACAUUUCAUUUUUUUCAGUUGUUUGUAAAUAAUUAUGUGAUAAUAUGAAAUUAAUUUGUAGAAAAACAGCAUGUGAAAUUGGAGGAUUACUCUUGUACGAGUAUAGAAAUAAAUGAUUAUUCCAAA